UGCAUUUGCCAUUCUUUAUCUUUCCUUGGCAAAUUGAAGACUGCUACUGGCCAGUUGAUCUUCAAACAGGGUUUCAACUCUUGAAGAGAAGAGAAGAAAAUGGGUUUCAUAAUGGAAUUUGCAGAGAAUUUGGUAUUGAGGAUGAUGGAGGACCCAAAGGAGAGGGAUAAAAAAUUUAGGGAGCGCCUUUACAUGAGGAAGGAUCGAUGCCAAAAAACCAAAGAGAUGUGGAGUUAUCCUCUGCGACCUUAUGGAUUUUGGACUUUUGAGCGCCACAAUUCCCAGCUCUUUAGGGAUGCUCAGAUUAGCCAAGCUCCCGGCCGCAGGGAUCCUUAUGAUGACCUUCUUGAGGACAGCUAUGCCUCCUCCUCCAAACGAAACGGAGUUUUGAUUAUUCACUAGCUGUUGGAUUUUGUGUGUGGCUAGUUUUUUUUUUUUUUUUUGCAAUAAAUUGUUUAUGAGCCAUUGGAGAAUGAGAAUGGUUUUUGUAUUUCUAUAUGAAGGCUGGGAUUUUAAUGCUCUAAUCAUGACAUUGACAUUUUAGGACCGAUUUAGAUUUUAGAUCGUUGGGACGGAGAAAGUUUUAUUGAUUUGGCUUAAGUCAAAACUCUGUUUGGUUUGAACCAAAAUUCCAGGCUUAUUGAAAUAUAAUAGACAGUUUUAGCAAAUCUGGUUUCCACACAGUGAUAGAACUUAAUUAUCGUUUUCGAAGUGCUCUUUCUCUACAUUGCAAUACUUUGCACUGGGUUUUUAAUGGAUUAAUAAUCAUGAUUGUAGACUUGCUAAUCAGUAUCCUGACUUUCCCUUCCCAACUUAUUUGCACUCUCUAUGAUGCUUAGAAUUUUGGAAUGAAGGAAAUGUCAUGUAAUUAGUUCAAUUUCAAAGGCUGCCUUUUGCUCUUUAUAUGAGAGGACGAGUAGAAAAUUGCAUCCAGCUUUAACCUGAAUCUGCUGAAAAACAUUCUCAAGAAAUGAUAAUUUUUUUUUCUCUAUGCUAACCAUUUGCCAUUAUUCUUUGAAAACUGUGAAUUAGAAUGUAUUGCUUCCACAGAAGUUUUAGAUGUCAUUCUCAAUUAUUUAACAAAGAGUGAUGCAAACUAAUGGUUGCAAAACGAAUUCCUUAGAAGAGUGGUUCCAGAUCAACGGAGACACUAAAUGAAAAGUAAACAUACAAAUUACUGUAUCCAAUCUUGAAGUAAUUACUUUAUUAUGUUUUCAUCGAUGCAGGAAUAAUGUGAAACCAUUGGAAGAUGAACGUUGCAAAGAGUUAACAUAAGCAUACAAUUUACAAUGGCCAGCCAUUUAUAACAUCCACAUUGCCUCUACAUGCCCAAAACAGUAAAACUCAGACAAAUUAGCAGCUGUAGGAACAACCUUCUCUGCCACCGAGUGGAAAGCUGAGGUGUGAUUCAGUUUAACCCACAACUUGGUUAAGUUCACGAGAAGAAACUGAUUGUACUCUGCUGCAGCGUAGUGCAAAGCUCCUCGCGGUCCAUUGGUUCGAGCCUCGUCUAUUAGUUUCUGAGCCUUUUGUGCUGCCUUGUGAACCAAAUCUUGGGCUUGGCUUACCACUUGCUUAGCUGCUGGUGGUGCAUGCUCAUAAAAUUUGUGUGCAGCCUCAUCUACCUGCAGUUAUUUCAAUUAAUCGUUACAUCAGAAAAUUGAAGGAAACGAGAGGAUUUCGGAAAAAGCCAGAAUUAUAAAUUUCAAUUCAGAAAAUAGCAGAAUCAAUUAAUGAAAUUCAACAAGAGAAAAAGUGAUUUUCAGAUAAGGAACAUUGCUUCCAGAUUCUUGCAACAGACAGAAUGGAGUAGUUCGAACCACUUAUGGCUCUGGCUACUCCACUGUCAUCGUCUGGGAUGAGCUACGGCCUAAGCAGAUGAAGGUUGCUGGCACAGGCUUAUCAGGUGCAAACUUCAUUUUCCCAAGCAUGCUAUCAUUGCGUGGAUGACCAUCCUUAAUAGGUUCCCUACUAAGGUUAGGCUGAUCUCUUGGGGGAUUUCUACUGAUGGGGAUUGUGUUUUAUGCAGGCAGGAGAUGGAGAAUAGGAAUCACAUUUUCUUCAGUUGCAGAUAUUCUAAGUUUGUAUGGCAGCAAGUUCAAUUCUGCAUCUUUGCAACCUGCAUAAGGAAGUAGCUGAUUGGGAAGAUGAACUUCGAUGGGCUGUUGGCAGACUUCGAGUAAAGGCACUAGUAUCUGUUCUAUUGCGUUUGACUUGGGGGGCUUACAUUUAUCUGAUCUGGCAGGAAAGGAAUAAAAGGCUGACGAGAGCUGGUUUUGAGGCAGAUCUAGGAUGGAUCUAGGAUGUUGUCAGAAUGAGAUUGGCCGGAUUAAAGAAUGGUGCUUUCCAUCAUAUUA